UGACAGAUAAAACAUUUGCUAAAACUACCCUCCAAUGCUAUUUCUUAAUCAAUUUAAAAAUAACUUUAAAAACAUCUAUGUAAGAGAAAGGUAGUGAUUGUGUUUUUUAUUUCUUCACAGUGAAAAGGGUAGUGGGAUUUUUUUCAAUUGAAAUUCAUAUUCUUUUUGGCAGGGUAUACUUCUGUUUUGGCUAACAACUAUUAUACCACAAGCAAGGCCGCCUCCUUGCACUGAAUUUAACAUCAUUUGCCCUUCUGCAACAACUCUGCAGCUUCUUUUAUACCUCUCCUUUAUCCUUAUAUCCAUUGGUGAAGGAGGAGUAAAAGCUUCUUCCUUGGCAUUUGGAGUUGAUCAGUUAAAGAAUAUCCGAAAUGAUGGGAGAGCAAUGGAAAGCUUCUUUGGCUGUUAUUAUGUUGUUAAAACGGUAUCCCUUAUCAUUUCCUUGACUUGUUUGGUCUAUGUCCAAGAGAAAAUGGGAUGGGAAGUUGGUUUUGGAAUCCUUGCCUUGCUUAUGCUAUUUGCUACUAUUUUCAUCCUCUUGGGUUCUCCAUUCUAUGUGAGGUCAAAGCCCAAAGGAAGUUUAAUCACAGGAUUAGUUCAAGUGGUUGUUGCUUUUUACAGAAAGAGGAGCCUCAUGAUCUCAUCCAAUAAUGGAGGUCUUGUGACAUACCAUCAACAAGGUAACAUGAUAUGUCCUCCAAGUGAAACACUAAGGUUUCUGAAUAAGGCUUGCAUUAUAGAAGAUCCCCAACAAGACAUAAACCCAAAUGGGAAAGCAUCUGAUCCAUGGAGUCUUUGUACAGUAGAGCAAGUAGAGGAGCUUAAAGCAUGCCUUAAGGUAAUCCCAAUAUGGGCCACUGGAGUUGUAAUGAGCAUAAACUUCAACCAAGGCGCUUUCUCCACACUUCAAGCGACCACCAUGAACCGCCACAUUGGGUCAUCAUCUACUAGCUUUCAAAUCCCCACAGGCUCUAUCAGUCUCUUCUCAUACGCCUCGAUCAUAAUGUGGCUCGUGUUAGAUGAUCGAAUCAUUAGACGACGUCUCCGUUUCACCCCGAUGGCGAGAAUGGGGUCGGGGAUCUUGCUCUCUUUCAUUUCUGUUGUGGCAACAGCCUUGGUUGAGGCUUUCCGGCGGAACCUCGCUAUAAAGGAGGGAUUCUCCGAAACCCCCGGGGGCAUUGUAGAUAUGUCAGUUCUCUGGAUCAUACCACACUCGCUUAUCGGGGGGGUUGCAGAGGGAAUGAACGCUGUUGCUCAGAAUGAGUUUUACAUUUCAGAGUUCCCGCAAAGCAUGUGGAGCAUCGCUUCAAACUUUCUCGAGCUAGGGAUGGCAGUGGCGAGUAUGCUUGCGAGCUUUCUGAUGAGCAUCGUUAAUGAGGUCACUACAGGUUGGGAAGGUGGGAGCUGGAUAUCGAGCAACAUAAAUAAGGGUCACUAUGACUACUACAAUUGGGUGCUUGCUGGAUUGAGUGUGGUCAAUCUUCUGCUUUUCUUCUUCUGCAGUCGUGCAUAUGGCCCCUGCCGGGAAGAGAGGACGGUAAAGGGCGAUAUUGAUGUAGAGUCUUCAUGAACCCUCUAUUGCCUAGGAUGUUUUUUCUUUGUAAAGUCCAAAUAAAAACAUUACCACUAUAGCACAACUUUUUCUUUUUAGUUGAACUGCAUCAUUUUGAAACCCUGAUAUG